AUGGCCCCAAAGAAGUCAAGGAAAAAGAGGAAAAAUCAGCCUGAUGAGGAGGAAGGGCCUCAGCCUAUACCCGUGGCCGAGGAGAAAGCUACUGCUUCUGUCAUAGCUGGUGAUGAGGGUGAUGAAUUUGGUGAAGCCCAGACCGAGGAUGAUGAAAUGCUGCAGGAAGGGGGCCAAGAUCCACCAGCCGCCGCCAGUGAUGAGAACAACGUGACAGAUGGCCAUGCUACCUGCGGUAUCACCAAAGCCAUGGAGCAGGAGCUGGCCGAGUUUUUCGCUGACAAUGAGUUCAUCUACCACCCCCGCUUCUCAGGUCCCUGCAUCUACGACAAGAGCAAGGUGGACUUCAAAAACUCUAAGAAGAAGGAGCGCAAGUACAUGGAGAUGGCGGAAAAGCUGGGAGUCACCGUGGCCGACAUCAGACUAUGGUAUAAAAGCCAGAGGACCAUCCUGGGGAAGAUGAAGACCGCUGGAAAGAAGAGUGGUCAGAAGGCCAUCGUCCUUACCCCCAGGCAGAGAUGGGUCAAUAACAACCUUGGUUUUCUGACGAAGCACAUAGUCCAUCGGUCACAGGGCUGCCAACUGAGCCACCUCAGUGGCCGAAUUACUGAAGCCGCCUCCGACGAAGAGGGUUUAGAUGAGGAGGAUACAGAUGCCAGCCAAGCACCCAGCUCCAACCAAGUCUCCAGCCAGGGGGCUGCACCUCCUAAGAAGAGGCAGAAGAGGGGGUCGCCCACCGAUGUGGACAAGGCCCUCCUGGAAUUCAUCAGAACAUCCACCGAGCAGACGGCCAUCCGGAGCCAGGUGGAUGCGGCACUCACCCAAGGCGCUGACGAGAGGCAGGCCUGGCUAGAAUGGAUGCUGCAGGCCGUCCGCCCACUCCCAAGACCCCUCUGGCGAGAGUUCACCAGGGACACUUUCAACUUGGUGAGCCGCUACCAGGAUCGGGCGGACCACCUUUCCAGCAAAAACAGCAGGCCCCCUUUCAGCAGCAGCAGCAAGGAGGCAGCAACAGCGCCAACACAUCAAUCAUCACCCAGUUGA